CAUCAUCAUCUGUUAUGGCCUUUGGGUUGCCGAUGUGGUGGCCUACUACUACCCACUCCAGGAGCGAUGGGGGCGAUGUAAACAACGAACUCUGAACAGAGUGAAGCCCUCGACAUCUCCGCCCUCUCUCUCAGUCUCUCUAAACACACAAUCUUCCUCUCUCACUCUCUUGAAUCAGAGCGAGGAAGAGAAUGGCGUCGCAGCUAUUAGCUAGGCCCCCUCCACCCUCCACCCUUUCCUUCUCUUCCUCCUUCCGCAAUGGCCUCCGCUCUCCCUCCGCUGCCCCCAUUCCGCGCUACCUCAGGCGGAAGAACCCCGCAGUCACCGCCAAGAUCCGGGAGAUCUUCAUGCCAGCGCUCAGCUCCACUAUGACGGAAGGGAAGAUCGUCUCCUGGGUGAAGUCCGAGGGUGACGUCCUCUCCAAGGGGGAGAGCGUCGUCGUCGUCGAGUCCGACAAGGCCGACAUGGACGUCGAGACUUUCUACGACGGCAUCCUCGCGGCCAUCGUCGUCGGCGACGGCGAGACGGCUCCCGUGGGAGCUCCAAUCGGCCUGCUCGCCGAGACCGAAGAGGAGAUUGCUGAAGCUAAGGCCCAGGCUGCAGCCAAGUCGUCGUCUUCCGCUGCUGCUGCUUCUCCUCCUCCUCCGCUGCCGCCUCCACCUUCCUCGGAUAACUCCGUCCCCGCAGCUAGGGCUCCGCCACCUCCAAUUGCGGCCGACGGGCCGCGGAAGAUCGUUGCGACGCCGCACGCGAAGAAGCUUGCUAAGCAGCAUAAGGUGGAUCUGGGAUCUGUAGCGGGAACCGGACCGUAUGGCCGGAUCACUUCCGCUGAUAUAGAGAAGGCUGCGGGAAUUUUGCCUUCUGAUAGCAAACCUGCCUCUGUAGCACCGGUUGCUGCUCCUUCUGUGACGCCAUCGCCAUCGCCAUCGCCUCCUCCACCUGCUACGGCCUCUGCUUCGCUGCCCCAGAUUCCCGGAUCCACGGUGGUUCCUUUCACCUCGAUGCAAGCUGCUGUCUCCAGAAACAUGGUUGAAAGCCUCUCCGUGCCCACAUUCCGUGUUGGGUAUCCUGUGAUCACGGACGCUCUUGAUGCUCUGUACACAAAGGUGAAACCGAAGGGAGUAACCAUGACUGUUCUAUUGGCAAAAGCAGCUGCCAUGGCACUUGCCCAGCACCCAGUUGUGAACGCAAGCUGCAAGGACGGGAAGAGUUUCACAUAUAAUAGCAACAUAAAUAUUGCAGUGGCUGUGGCGAUGGAUGGUGGUCUCAUAACCCCUGUUCUGCAGAAUGUCGAUAAGGUAGAUCUUUAUUUGUUAUCACAACAAUGGAAAGACUUGGUAGAGAAAGCUCGAGCUAAGCAACUUCAGCCUCAUGAAUAUAAUUCUGGGACAUUCACUUUGUCAAAUUUAGGAAUGUUUGGAGUUGAUAGAUUCGAUGCCAUCCUUCCACCUGGCCAAGGGGCAAUCAUGGCUGUUGGUGCAUCAAAACCCACUGUUGUGGCAAGAGGUGAUGGAUUCUUUAGUGUGAAGAACGAGAUGCUGGUGAAUGUGACGGCCGACCAUCGGAUUGUUUAUGGUGCUGACUUAGCUGCUUUUCUCCAGACCUUCGCAAAGAUCAUCGAGAACCCCGACAGUCUAACUUUGUAGUGGUAAGCAGGCUUUGAUCUACGCACUUCUCAUCCACUUAUUACACCGAAGAAUAGGAGGGCCGGUAUUCUAUUCUUGAAUGCCAUCAGAUCGGAGCUUUUUUUGAGUUAACAUUUUUUGUUUUGCAUUGUAAGAAGAGGAACUUCAGUUUUUCCUGCGGUGAAGUAAACUUCCAGCUUUUUACUGAUCAACUUUUGCUGCUUUUGAAGAAGACUGAAUUUUUUUUCUGAUUA